AUGGCUGGCCUUACCCAGGAUAUCAUUGUGGAAAUUCUCUUAAGACUACCUGUCAAGAGUCUAAUACGAUUCAGAUGUGUUUGCAAGCAAUGGCUCUCUUUGAUCACUGACCCCAAGUUCACAAAAUUGCACUUGACUCGAGCCAUUGAUAAAGGGAAUUACUUGGACAAUAGAAGACUCUUGGUCUCUAUUUACGUUAAUAUUGAUAGAGCUGUUGAUGCUGUUUCUCCUUCUGUGCGUGGCCAAAUAGUGGGUUAUUGUAAGGGUAUGGUUGGUAUUGGUUUUUGUUCGAUCGGUCGCCAACUCGUGGGUUCAUGCAAUGGCAUAAUAUGUUCGGUUUAUGGAUUCAAUACCUUUUAUUUAUUGAAUCCAUCUAUCAGAGAACACAAGACAUUACCAUAUCCUGGGGAGAUCCACUUUGGACGGGCUUUUUAUGGAUAUCUUCUCCAUGGAUUUGGUUAUGACUCCUCUACUGAUGACUACAAGUUGUUUCGAGGUAGUUAUAGUCCUGUCAAAUCCACGAUAGAAAUCUUUUCUCUGAAAACCAAUUCUUGGAGAAGAAUUCAAGAAUUUCCUACUUAUCAUCCUUCUCAGCAUUCAGGCGUUUUUGUCAAUACAGCUCUACAUUGGGCAACAGAUAAGGUUUCUGAUGGUGAUGGCAUGCAUCUUGGUAAUAGAGUUGUCUCUUUUGAUUUGCAGGAGGAGAAAUUCAUGGAAGUGCCACUUCCAGAUGAAACAUGUAUUGGAUCCUGUCCAGCUCUUGGGGUCUUGGGAGGAGACCUAUCCAUGAUCCAACAUCAUGUUGAUGAUAGUCACCAGAUAUGGAGAAUGAAAGAAUAUGGAGUAAAGCAUUCUUGGACUAAAUUGAUCAGACUUCCACCUUCCCCCAUAACUAAAGUGGUUCCAUUUGAUUAUACAAAGGAUGGUGACAUUGUAGUGCUGGUUAAUAAACUGGAAUUAGCUAUUUACAAUUCCAAAACAGAAGCUUUAGAGAAUAUUGCUCUUGUGGCUCCUCAAAGUGAUUAUUGCUACCGGGUGGCCUUGUAUAUGGAAACUCUAAUUUCACCCAAUAGCCAUGGCUGA